AGAUAACAAAAACAACGUGGCAAAUGGAAGCUCACAGUGACUUGCAAUGGAGAGUGGUGUCGUACUCCUUGUCACACACCCUCAUCCGUGGCGACCCAGAUACUCUUUUCCCUCUUUCUCUCUAAACCACCCACUUCCUUCUUCCCAUUCUCGAUGUUCCUUCUCCACCAGGUACCGUCGUUGGGACUCAAAUGCCGAAACCAUUCGGUCUCAAGGAUUCAGUUUUGGUUUCAAACCCAAAGGCGACGACGAUGAAGAAGAAGAAGAAGAAGAUGAGGAGGAGGAGGAGGAUGAGUAUGAUGGAAUUAGAGGGAAGAAGAGGCGGUGGUGGUCAGAUAAGUCGUCGAAAAUGGAUGAUGGGCCUUUUGGGAUCUUGGAGGAAACCAUUGAUAGUGUGUGGAUUUUCAGGGUAUUCAGAUCCUAUGGUUGGACACUACCAUUUAUAAUCAUAUCUUUGUUAGCAGCUACUGGCCCAAAAGCUUUCCUCAUGGCAUUGGCACUUCCCCUUGGUCAAUCAGCACUCUCACUGGCAUUUGAUAAGAUAUGGGGCAAAACAGAAAGAAAAAGAAAACGCAAAUUCAGGUCCAGGAUGAGAAGGAAACCAUUCGUCAACAAUGCAAAUGAUGUUGAAACAGAUGAAGAGGAAGAUGAAGGCCAGGAGACCAGAAAGCAGAGGACGGAUUAUCAAUCAUGGGUGGCCGGUGGACCUGUUGAUAAGAGUAGCCAAGAUGGUGCAGCCAAUUUUGGAGGAUGGGAUGAUCUGGAAAGACUGAAAUCUGCACAAAGGCCAUCAAGAAUGAAAAGUGGGUCGGGAAGAAGAACAACAGAGAAGGGUAAGCUGAGUCGGAGAGAAAGAAAAAGCGACACACCAUUACUGUUAAGGUUGUUGAUUGCCGUUUUCCCAUUUUUGGGAUCAUGGACUAAGAUGCUAUGGUAAAUUUUUACUCUCAAGCAGUCUCAGGUUUAGAUGACGAAAUUGAAAUUCAGCCAAAGCAAUCUGAAUGUCAACAUUCCUAAUGAUAAUUUUUGAGAGUAUGUUGUAGCUCCAUUCUUUAUAGCUCCAUUUUGGAUUACGGUUUACCUUUGUUGUAUACAGUCCUACAGCAAUUUUUGGGGACAAUUGGAUCUGUACAGUUUACUAGUUUAGCUUGUACCUGAAAGUGGUGUAUAAUUUCUACAGGACAUCUUGUAUUCAUGUAGACCUGAAUAUCGCAUACCUCUUGUCCUUUAAAUAUAGUAAUUAUAAUUUUAAAUUUA